CCGACAGACCUUCAGUUAUUAUCCUCCUCGGUGCCAAUCCACACACAACUGACGCCUAAGACUGAAUGAACUUCUCAUCCCCACCCAAGAUAGCCACCAUACAAUGUCGCCCACAACUACACCUACCCUUCCAAAGGGCUACGUGCUCCACGCGGGCUAUCCUCCCAUUUCCUCCUACAGGCAUCUUCGGUCCGCCUCGGGGCUAACCCCUCGAUCCGUCGCCCAAGCAGCGCCUGUCCCGUCCAAUUCCUGGUACGGAUGCUACAUCAUGCACGACGACAACAAGCCCGUAGCAAUGGGACGAAUCAUCGGCGAUGGAGGAUGGUACUUCCACAUCGCCGACAUGGCUACCCUCCCAGAGCAUCAGCGUAAGGGGCUAGGAGAUGUGGUCCUCAAGGAAUUACUUGCUUACAUUGCUCGCCACGCGCCUUGUGAUGAGAAGGAGGGUGAGUACCCUUAUAUUACGCUUUUUGCGGACGGGCCGGGCAGGAGGUUGUAUGAGAAGAACGGGUUCAAGGAGACGGCCCCGCGUUCAACGGGAAUGGUACUAUCAUAUGAUCGCGGGCUAGUAGUAACACCCGAGGAUGAGGGGAGAGCUGCUGCUGAGGAUGGGAGGGAGUAA